AAUAGGAAUUUAUGAGGUCUUUUUAUAAUAAAAUUAAAGUGACUUCUUAUCACAUUUUUAUUACAAUCCACUUUAUAUGGGCUUUUAAUCAAGGAGCAUCAAAAAAUAUAUAGCAACCAUUUGAAUCACACAAUUUUAUUAUUUGCAGCAUUCAAAAGGGUGAAACAAAUGGCUUUCAAUUAUAAAUUUAAUGUUUCUUGCAACAACAUUUCCCGGAACAGAAUAAUAAAAUAAAAAAAUAUUAUCAAAUCGAGUGAAGGGCAUUCAUCCUACAGCGUGAGCUUCCUAAUAUUGGAAACUGAAACUUAUGAAUCUAUUACGUCAUUUUACUUCAUUCAGAAACUUAUAUAGCCUAUAUAAAUAUGCCCGGAACAAUGCGUGACUUAUAUAUUUCCUCGACGAAAUUAUCUACGCUGGUGUUAAAGUACGUGAUUUGCUUUUAAAACAUAUCUUUUCAAUAUGGUGAUAAAAGAUAAAAACACUAGAGAAGUAAGUAAGAACACAACCAUUUUGCCUUUUAAGAGAUUCUCUCUUGAUACUACAGAAGAUCCGAAAAAGAUAUUCAACUUUCCAUUUUUGAUCAAUAGCGAGACAAUUUCUGUCAUUAAAAACGAUGGACGUGUUAUGUUCAUCAUACGAGGACCACCUUACACAAAGAAAACGAAGCUCAGCAAUAUGUUGCGGGAAACAUAUCCAGCAUCUCCUUUCUGCUGUAUGGUAAAAUUAACAGAAAACUAUGAAACUAAGGAUGACUCUUCUAAUCUCAAGCAUGAAACCUUAGAGCAAACAAGACAAGAUUGUACAAAAGCGGUCUUAGAAGCAUGUCGCUCAAAAAAGUCGACUAUUAUCAUUCAAAACUCUCAUAUGCGUAAAAAGGAAAUUCAACCAUGGCUUGACUUGGCAGCCGAGUUUGACUACAUUGUUAUUAUGGCAGCUACCAUGUACAAAUUUGAUAUCACACCAGAGGCUCUUAUCAGAGAAGAUGGUCUGCAUGUCAGUUACUUACAAAAGAGAUUUAAUGAAUGGGAAGAUGUCCCACCCUUAUUCACAGCAUGGUUUAUAUCACCAAAUGAUUCAGAAAAACUGAGGAGCAUUACGUUUGAAAAACUAAGGGUUCUAAAUAAAAUAAAGCUUAUUCGAUCAUGGUUUGAAACUGAUGUUGCGAAUUAUUUUCAGCCUCGUGAAAAUAUGUGUAGUUUAGCUGGCUAUUCUGCAAAUGCUGAUGCAAUGAAAAAAUAUUAUUUUUCAAACGACGUUCAACAGAGAUAUGGCAAGUGUUAUCCAAUAUUUAUCUUGGGAUUUCUAAUAACCAAAACAGAUGUCAUAGGCGUGGCUAAAUUAAAUGAAAAUGGAAUAUCCCUAGUGAUGGAUGACUUGAUUAAAAGGAAUGGAAAUAAAGCGAUGAGGGAAAUACCUAAAAGUAUUUUACAAUAUGGAAAAACAACAAAGUUUCCUUUCGGAGCAGAUUUACCACCGAAAUCAUCAGGAUUCUUGUACAGGAAGGGAGAAAAAGUUUCAGCUAAAUUGUGUCGCCCCAUCCACGUUGCUCAGAAAGGUUUUGAUGUCUUUAACUUGGAAAAAGUGAGCGAGCAAUUCCAAGAAGGUCUACAACUGAUGUCUGACAAAGACGGCAAUUUGAAUGAAAAAUAUUUCUUCAAGUCAAGAAUUUAUAAACUAAGUGAUGAUUUGUGGUUUACCAAUGUUAUGGAGAAGUUUCGUUUUUCAACUAUUUUUACUGGAUUUUAUGUUUAAUGUGAGGAGGAAUUAUUUAUGAUUUCGUUGACAAAUGUAAAUAUUUUAGAAAAUUAAAUCUUCUUUUUAAAAGGA